ACUCACGAUAAUAACCGCUAAUUGUAAUCAUAAUUUUUUAAUACUGCAGACUAGAUUAUCAAGGUGAUGGUGAUUAGGGUUAGCACAUCCCUCGUUUUAGGAUCACUAUGGCCAACCUAAUUGUAAGAUGUAUAAAAAAGCCUUGAUUUGAGUCGAGAAAUUAUUACAAUUUAAUCGACAUUGCAACCACCAACAUCAGAAUCAAUUUCAUUGUAACCUUCUCAAACUCAAUCGAUCCUCAACUGCCUAUUGAUUUUUCAAUAAGAUCUUCAAUAAUUUGUUACCUUGUGAAUUGGUGUUAACCUCGUUAAAUGUUUAAAAUGAAAACCAUCACAGCAACAGUUUUACUUGCCUUAACUCUUUCGAUGAAAGUAUCUGCUCAAAAUGAAACUUAUUGUAAAGCUAUUGGGGACGAACUGGAUUCACUAAUGAAGGAUGUUUUACACAUGAAACCCGAUCCAUUAUUUCCCAACUCAACUGAAAAUCGUGAACUGUUUUGCGGACCAUCCAAAGAGCUAUUGAAAAAGGCCAAUCUAUACGUCAAGUGUUUACCUCGAUUCCAAGCUCAAGUUGUCUCAAUCAUGUCCAAAGGAACCAGGAAACCGGUUAAAUUAAUUUGUAAUGGUGAUGGAGAAAAAAUCAUCAAAACUUACUCUUGCAUGGAUGCCAAAUUCAAAGAGUCUCUUCAUAAACAAGAGGCAAUCUUUUUAAACUCAUUGAUAGUGAUUAAGGAAAAGGUUCCUCAAGACAAACUUCACUCAUCUUUUUGCUGUACAGCUCGUAAUAUAUCUGAAAGUUUACUGGUCACUUUACCCAAACUGAAAUGUGAAGACCCAACAAUUGACUUGCCAAAGCAUUUUACCAGUUUAAUUGAAACCUCUCUAGGUGAUACUCUGGACCUGAUUUGUGGAUCAUUCCCAUCUUUCGAUGUAUGCAAAGAAAAGGCCGCCGAAUCAGUUAAAUUAUUGGAAGAAAAUUUUUCAGAUAUGGUUGAUACCAAAGAAACUCCUUUAGUUGGUUCUGUAUUGCAAAUUAUUGGUAAAUUAGCAAAUUAACUUUAAUAAUUAACUUCAAAUUAAAUUAUUACCCAAGUAAUGUAAAUUUUAAAACGUUUAAGACUAAAUAAAUUGGUUAACCCGUGUUAACAAAUGUAAA